UCAAAUUUUUAAACGGUAUUUUGCACAAGAUCGCGCUACACGCAGGAAUUGUGAAGCAAAAAGUUAAAAUUUUAUUAUCUCGCAGAAAAUCUUAAAGAAAAAGUGUAUUAAAUUAGAAUAAUUAAAAGAAAUCUUAAAUAAAGUGUUGAGCAUAAAAACUGUAAAUUUUUAAAAUAUAUUUUGCCUUUAUUUUAAUACCGAAAUAAAAAUUUCUUCAAAUUAAUACAAAAUGAGUAGAAUGGAUGCUACCCGACAAGGUGCUUACAAAAGCAACACUAUAAAUUCCAAUGAAUCUCGUUUGCGUCGCCAUGAGGUUACAGUGGAAUUGCGUAAAUCGAAAAAAGAGGAUCAAAUGUUCAAAAGACGCAACAUCAAUGAGGAAGAAGUAACUUCACCUCUCAAAGAGUCCAAUGGCCAGUCUCCGGUACAAAUGACUGUAGAUGAAAUAGUUGCUGCUAUGCACAGCACGGAUCCAGAGAGACAAUUCACUGGCAUGCAGGCGGCCCGUAAAAUGUUGUCUCGUGAACGUAAUCCACCCAUAGAUCUAAUGAUUGGUCAUGGUAUUGUGCCUAUUUGUAUAAGAUUCUUACAGAAUUUUGAAAACGCUAUGCUUCAAUUUGAAGCUGCCUGGGCAUUAACCAACAUUGCCUCCGGUACUUCGGAACAAACACGUUGUGUUAUUGAGAAUAAUGCUGUGCCCCACUUUAUUGCUUUGCUACAAUCGAAAAACAUUAAUUUAGCCGAACAGGCUGUCUGGGCUUUGGGUAAUAUUGCUGGUGAUGGUGCUGCUGCUCGUGAUAUUGUCAUACAACACAAUGUUAUUGAUGGUAUAUUGUGUUUGUGUAACGAUAGCACCCCAUUGUCAUUUUUACGCAACAUUGUUUGGUUAAUGUCGAAUUUGUGUCGUAAUAAGAAUCCUUCGCCACCCUUUGAUGAAAUUAAACGUUUACUGCCCGUUUUAUCACAACUAUUGUGUGGUACAGAUAUUCAAGUAUUGGCUGAUGCUUGUUGGGCUUUGUCUUACGUUACCGAUGAUGAGAAUCAAAAGAUACAGGCUGUUGUUGAUACGGGUGCUGUACCACGUUUGGUUGCGCUUUUGGGCACCAAUGAACCGGCCAUUAUUGUUCCGGCUUUGCGUAGUGUUGGUAAUAUUGUUACUGGUACAGAUCAACAGGUGAGUCAUAGUCGCUAUUUAUAA